GAAGUUUUUAUACACACCACCAGCGCAGUUUUGUCAGUGCAUGGUACAAAUGCUUAAUUCUACAUAAAGUUCACAAUUUAAAGCACGACGCUUUAAAUGGUCAGGAUGACACAGAAAUUCCAUCUGGAGGGCCAGGUCUAUUCUGUGCCAUUGAUCCAGCAGGACCUAAGACGGGAAGAGGCAGUGCAUCAGAUCACUGAUGCCCUGCAAUAUCUGGAAAAUAUCUCAACAGACAUUUUUAGCAGGGUGUCUGAGAGUGUGGAGAAGAACCGCGCUCACCUUCAGGCUGUCACAGAUCGCAUCAAACUUGCUCAAGCUCGAGUUCAAAAAAUCAAAGGUAGCAAGAAAGCCACCAAGGUGUUUUCCAGUGCCAAGUUCCCAGCUCCAGAGAGACUGCAGGAUUAUUCUUCCAUCUUUUCUGGUGCCGUUGAUCCAGCAUCUCACAAACGACCCCGCUACAGAGUUCAGAGCAAACUGCGUCCCCUUGAUGAUAAAGCCUUACAGGAGAAGCUAACGUAUUUUCCAGUGUUUGUGAACACUAAGAAGCGUUCUGAAGAUGAGACGAAGGAGGGGCUGGGGAGUCUGCCGAGAAACAUAAGCUCUGUCAGCUCACUGCUACUUUUCAACACUACCGAGAACCUAUAUAAAAAGUAUGUGUUCCUGGAUCCUUUGGCGGGAGUUGUCACCAAAACUCACAACACACUAGAGACUGAAAAAGAGGAGAAGCCAUUUGAUGCACCACUCUCUAUCACUAAACGAGAGCAACUAGAGCGACAGACUGCCGAGAACUAUUUUUAUGUGCCAGACUUGGGCCAAGUUCCUGAGAUCGAUGUGCCCUCUUAUCUGCCUGACCUGCCUGGCAUUGCGGAUGACCUCAUGUACAGUGCUGACCUUGGCCCAGGAUUUGCACCAUCUGGUGCUGCCAAUACAUCCAUGCCAGAGCUUCCCUCCUUUGGUACAGACCAUGAAGAAUCUGUUGGACAUGGCCUUCAGUUUCAAUAUGAGGCGCCUCCUCCACCACCUCCGCCCCCUCCUCCACCUCCUCCCGAGUCUCAUCUUGUUACUGCUCCUCUACCUGGGGCUCCUUCAGCUCCACCACCACCUCCUCCUCCUCCACCUCCUCCUGUGGUCCCAGAUGACACAGGGGGUGGAGUUACAUCCAGGCAUGGCUCAUCCACAGGUGCAGUAAAAGGUGCACCCACAGAGGUGUUGAAACCAUCGGAUGGGCGAGCUAGCUUACUCGAAUCUAUCCGGAAUGCAGGUGGCAUUGGCAAACUGCGGAAUGUCAAAGAGCGCAAGAUGGAGAAGAAGAAACAAAAAGAGCAAGAGCAAGUUGGAGCGACAGCCAGUGGUGGAGAUUUUAUGUCUGAUCUCUUUAACAAAUUGGCCAUGCGCAGGAAAGGUAUCUCUGGAAAAGGCCCUGGAGGUGGAGAUGCCACAGAUGGACCUGGCAGUUCUGGCAGCGCGUUCGCCCGGAUGUCAGAUGUGAUCCCACCUCUUCCUGCACCCCAUCAGCCCACCGCUGAUGAUGACGAGGACUGGGAAGCGUAGCCAAAAUGGAUUUCAGAUAAACACAAGCGGACACUUAUGAAUGUAGGGUUUUUAAUAACUAAAAGCACUGUUGAAUG